AUCUAUAUGUUAGUACUUACGUACAUAGAAUAAUAUUUACAUUGUAUAUAGAUAGUUUAUAUAUUAUGAUAUACGGAGGAUAUGUCUUUGACGCUGUCAAAAGAUGGCCGACAUUAAGAAGAUUAAGGACAACCCUUAUCAAGAUUAGCGUUGUUUAUCUAUUAUGAUCGGUGUUAAUCUAACAAGAUCUUCGCCAUCUUUAAUAUAAAAAUAUAAAUGGCGAUAUAUUGGAUUACAGUCGGGUUUGAUCAUUGCAAAAGUAAAUAAGCUGAUAGCGUGACCAUUGUGUUAUCUAUUUAUUUGUGCUGUGAAUUGUGUAAAAUGUCAUGUGUGCCGUCUACAAGAGAAUUCCGUAUGAUUGUGAUUUAGUUGGUUCAAGAAAUAUUUAUAGUACCUUUUAGUUUCAUUUAUAGAAUCCUAAAAAUAUUGUUUGGAGACCAUACUCUCUAUGUAAAAUGCUGUGUGAUGUGGUAUAAUGGGACUAUUUUACAAUGUUAUGGAGCUGCGAAACAAAUUAGUUUGAAUUAUCAUGUAUCUCUAAGAAAUUUGAAUUCUACAUAUCAGCGCAAAAGACACCAACUCUUUAUCAGCAAAGCUCGAUUAGAUUUUUCAAAAACCUGAUGCUAAUGUUUCUGAAAGACAUGAUUCAUAUAAUCACCAUGGCAACAUUACCAGCUUGAAAUGACUGUUAAAGGACACAACGCCAGAUAUAUUUCUGUGAAAAAAAACCGAGGAACUAGCUGAAGCUCUGUGGAACGUUUUGAGAGAGAAAAAAACGUCCAGAUGGAAGGCGUAGUUUUGGACAAGCUACUUUAGUACCGAUCACCUUGUGCCUGAAUAAAUCUGUCUAAAACUAAGACUAGUGUGGAUUGAUAAACCUGAUAUUUUAUUCGUUUUCUCUUGCUUUCCAGGUUAUUGUUCCUUUCAAUUUGAAUUAUCCCUUGGCAAAAUUUACAAACGGCAUCAAAAUGCACAUAAUAUAGACAAAUUGAAGCGAUCACCCUGAAAGAGUCAUCCAACUUCAAUAAACCGUUUCCAAAACGACUAAAUAUUAUGAACUGGGAUGAAACCUCCAGACAAUGUAAUUAGGCCACUUGGUCACGUUUAGUCUAGGAAUAUCAAACAAACCAUUUAUUAAAACGGGAUUCUACUACUUCUGUUAUUUUUCGAUAUCGAACGCUGCCGAGUAGUAGUAUUUCUUAAUGUUUUUUCAAGAUGUUUUUUUAAGCUUUUACUUCAACUGUUGAUCCCAACCGAAUGAAGUCAUAAGACGAGGAUACAACUUAUCAUUGACCUAUGUUGUAUUAUUGGAUGAAACUAAUAUCCAAUAUUACACCUUUUCAAGUGGAUUAUUCAAUAGUUAUAUUUAUCCUGGGGAUUAUGUGGGGAUAUCGUAGAGGAAUUACGACAUUUGAGCUGUCAGCUAUAAGAAACCAUAAAGUGAAAGUUUUAUAGACAAAAUAAAAUGGAUAAGAUAUUUAUGAACAUGAUUUUAUGUGCAGUUUGUCGUUCAAGAGAUAUCUAUUGAAAUUGUCAUACAUAUAUUUGUUUUAUAAAACCUGACAAAAUGAGUGUGUAUUUCCCUCCUAUAGAUAGUUAUAUGAUCAUAGAGCCUGAGCUGUUUGUUGCUGAUAAAGGGGUUCGCCAGAAGAAAAAGAAGGGUGAAGAACCAGACCAAGAAGAUUCUCAGGAAGAUGUUGUUUUAGAAAACACAGACUCGGAAUUAUACCCGAGCGGUUUAUCUCCAAGUGAUUUAGAUAAUCUAAAAAAUUUAUACGAUGAUUGUCAAUCAGAGCAACAAACAAAAAAAGGAGUUUCCUUUCUUCCUCCUAUUGAAGAGAAUGACCUAGUCGUAUCUGGGACAAACGAUAAAAACAGAACCACUGGGAGAUAUUUCAAGCACUCACGGUCCAUCGACUUUGGUAUUAUCUCUGACAACAAUCAGAAAACCGGCGAAAAGCCUUUACUAAAGGAGAAACAAAAGAUGAUUCGAUCACAAAGUUUAUUCCAUGUACAAUCGAAUAAAAAGUUUGCCCAUUUGUAUGCAUCUGAACCAAAAUUCGUACCUAAUCCGCAAAAGGCACGGGAACGAUUUUACAAGGCUAUUCGAUUGAUGUUGAUUCUAAAGGUGGUUGCAAGAUCUAUAGCUAAAAAAUCAGAUACAAGCCAAAAACCUUCUGGAACUGUAACAGAUUUAACAGUGGUUGAUGAUACCUUGGAAGAAAAUCUCAGGAACCAAGGAUUAUCUUUUGAUCGCUCGUAUUUUAAAGCCAAAAAAGAGAUUACAAUAAGCAGCGAAGUCAAGGGUAUUUUGAGUUUACCAAAAGAAAACAGAUCACCAGAACAAAUACAAACAGCUAUGUUUGGUUUACAAAGUUUAAGAUCAUUUGCUGAAUAUCCACUUCAUAUGCAAGAAAAAUUAUGUAAAGUCGCUUGGUAUGAAGUAGUACCACCAAAACGUGUUCUUAUUAGACAAGGUCAUCAUGCUGAAAACUUUUACUUUAUUUUAUCUGGCCAAGCUGUUGUAACUAUACUUGUACGAGAUCCUAAAACCGGAGAAUCUGUCAACAGAGUUGCUACAAUUAUGAGAAAGGGCAUGAGUUUUGGGGAACUGGCCUUAUUACAUCAUUCACGUCGAACCGCUACAGUAUCAAGUCAAGAUACUGUUCAGUUGUUGACUGUAGGUCGUCAAGAUUUCUUUGAUAUUUUUAUGGCUGGUAGUGCUCCAGGCCAGAUUCCUGAUCACAUCAAGUUUGUCAGUCAGAUAGAUUUUAUGAAAAAUUGGCCGAUAGAUAGAUUAGUUGAACAUCCGGAAUUUUGUCUUCUUCAUUUCUUUAAGAGAAACGUGGUAAUAGUAAAAGAUAGCAGUGUCAAUGAUUGGUUGUAUGUUGUUAAAUCAGGAUCGUGUCAGGUGAUGAAACAAUUAAAAGGUGUAACUGGUAGAUUAAGUUUAAGAAAGAAAGAUGUUAAAAUGGAUGACAGGUGGGAGUUACCUAAUUUACCUACAGCUGAACAAGAAGCAAAAAUUGAUACGGGUCUUAGAAGAAGAAGAUCGGCACCAUUAUCAGAAGAACAACAAAGGCGAAGGUGGGACAAAAUAUUAGGUGAAGUGACGAUGACUUCACGGGAAUCCAGUAACCAAGACAACUUCUCGUUAGAGACCUACAAAAGACAACCCACUGUAGCCAAACCACAUUUUCUUGCGUGUAAGUCAGCCAGAGAAGAAAGGAAUCAGAAACGGGAAAAUAGAUCACCAAGAUAUAAAUCACCAAGAUUAAGAAGAUCAGCUAAUCCUAAUCCACCACCAUCUAAACCUAGUAAUGUAUUCGUACAAGUUGAACAUCUGAAACCUCGUGAUGUAUUCGGUCUUCCAUCCAUACAGUUUGAUGAUGAUAUAGCCAAAUCUACAACAUCUGUCAGUUUGGUUAGCCGUGGUGCAGAAUGUAUCAUGGUAUCAAAAGAAUUUUAUGCGAAACACGCAAACGAAAUGGUGAAAAAGUUAAUCCGGCAACAAGUGCGACCUUAUCCGGCUGAAGAAACAUUUCAGGAAAAUUUACAGAUUAAAACGGAUUGGGAACUAUACAAGCAAACUAUGAUUACUGAUCUAACAGACGAUUUACGUCCGGCUAGUCGGUGACAUCGCAGUCAAGUCUGAAUAUUUUGUUGUGGUAUCCAGCAUGUAUGAAAUAUGUAACUGGGUUAUAUAUUAACAGAUCAAGGCCGUUUGAUAAAUAUUAAAUUAAAAUUAGAAAUAAGAUUUGAAAUUAUCAUUGAUUAAUAUGCUAUUUUAGCCCCUAAAAGAGUACAAUUUGAAGAGCAUAUCUAGAUAUGGGAAACAAUUUAACUUCUCAAUACAAUGGUUAUUGUCGCUGUAUGAGCUUUUGUCAUCAUUUCUAUUUAUUAUAUAUCUAAAUAAAUAUAAUUAUACAGGUCACAAUUGUAUAGAAUACAAUUACUGCUUAUUACUAA